UAUAAAAGAAUAAAAACCCAAGAAGUCAAUGCAGACAGUAAGAAGUCUAUGUGGUCAUAUACAGCUCUUUGGCUCCUGUGAAUCUCUACACUGUCUGUGAAGUGAAUUGCACUGCAAUGAUUUUUGGUAAUUUUUGUCUUGUAAGCUUCCUUCUUUGCCUGGUGAGAACAGGGGGUUUACAGAAGGAAUUUUCCACAGGAUGUUUAGCAUAGACAAAAUGUAGCCCAUGAUGACAAAUAGUUCCAGCACUCUACACUCUUGUAUAUGCCAUGUGGAAGCAUUCAAAGUCGAUGAUACUGCAAAAAAAAAAAAACACACACACACAAUGGCUGCAGGAAGCUGUAAAGCUCAUGCAGCAAAGUAAAAAGAAAUGAAUCCCCGGCUGUGGCGUUCUAGACAUGAGAUGGAGAAUCCCUCACAGAACACACAUUGGUUCUAUGCAACAAUGAUUCUAGGGGAGAGCGGCCCCAUCACACAGACAAGGUGGAGCGCAGAUCCCUCCGCCGUCUCUGCUUGGGAGUCCAUUUUAGGUCUACCGAAACCAGGACAAUCCCCGGAUGUAACUGUCAUGGCCGCCAACGGUGACUCGGGCAGCAUAUGAAGGGGGCAAAACAAGGUUCUCCAUACUUUCUCAGAAGUAUAACUGGGGAUUUAUGAGGAUGAUUAUGUUUCCUUAGGUGAAUUGAAUCAAGAAUUUGUCUCACAUCCAACAAUCUAAAAUUAUUCAAUCGCCUUUUAUAAUGAGAUCACCAAAUAAAGACUUUUUUAAGGACAUUGAAGGUUCUGCAUCUUCAAAAGAUGCUAUAUGGGACUUCAGCGGGAACACAUUUGCUUCUGGUGAAUCCAACACUCUGUCCUCGUUGUUUUCUGCAGACGAAAGGAUCAUGCAGGGAAUAGAAGAACACUCUGAUGCUUCACUAAAUCUUACAAGGGGAAAUGUUGCUUUAAGCGACAUGGCUGAAAUGGCAUCCAAGUCACUAUGUAAGAAACAGACAGCCAGGAAAUCAUUGGCUAAAGGAAAUUUAAAUGAUCCCGGCAAUCCCGAAGAGGAAAAUGCAGACAUCAAAAUAGAACCAAACCUAGAUGAUGAUUCUGGCAAUAUAUCUGCCAAGGUUCUACACUUCUUCUGCCAGAAAUGCAAAAAUGGAAUCAGAUAUAGUCCCAACGAUCUUCAAAAACACUUUCUUAUAUGUCACAAUGGAGAGCUGCCACUCUAUCCCUGCGAAAUGUGCAACUUCACCGCAAAUGAUUUUCAGGCAUUUAAGCAACAUAGAAAAACUCACCGAAGUGCACUAGUAAAAUGUGAAAUAUGUAACAAUGACUAUUUAUAUACGUUACUGGGCUUAACAAAACAUUUCACAGUUAUGCACUGUGUUAAUGGCCACUUCAACUGUUCAAAAUGCAGAUUUUCUACCAGAGACGUCGGAACUUUUGUUCAACACAUCCAUCGACACAAUGGAAUAGAGUAUGCAUGUCAGAAGUGCAAUCACAUUAGCUACUCAAAAAUUGAGUUUCAGAGACAUCUUCAGGGGCACAGUACCAUGUUACCAUUUAGCUGCCAGUACUGCAGUUACAGUGCAAUGCGGAAAGAUUUUAUAGUGAAACACAUUUUAACAAGGCACAGAGAACACAUUCAUACAAGAGACGAUCUUGUACCGGACAAUUCUAAGCCACAGAUGGUGCAGACAAAUGCUGGACUAAAGCUUGUCUUAAAAAAAUAUCAAUCUGAAAGUCAGGAUAACUCACCCUGGAGGCAUGAUGGCAAAAACCCUGUCCUGGAAAAGGGUGGAGACAGCAAUGAUAAUGCAAGUGGGUUUCAGCAUAAAUUUGCAGAUAACCAACCUACAAAAGACUUUCCCAGAUUUAACACGGAGUCAGAACAAACUGUAAAUGAUGGAAUUCCUUCCGUAACCACAAUAAAAUGCAACAAAGAUGAUGCAAGUGCUCAAGGGAACAUGGGUCUCUUACAGAAUGCCGUCCAUGGCCCUACUGUAUUAAUGGUGAAAAACAACAAAAUAACAGUUCCAGCUAAUUACACUGCAACCUUUGUGGGUUACAAGAUGGUCAAUGGGAAGCAAAACCUUGUCAUUAAAUUAUUGCCAACAAAUAAACAGGCUGCAAAUACUACACAGCCAUCACCUCAGUCAUCAAACAGUUUGCCACGUUUCUCUCAGGGCUCAAUGCAAGGAUCUUAUGCAGCAUCUAACACUAAAGAUAAUAGGGCAACGCCAUCAUAUAAACCACCGUCCAUUACGACCUCUACACCUACAACUCCAGCAGACAAACAACCUGGGUCAUUGCGAAACCUAACAACGGCACUUGGGUCAUUGAUGGCAAGAAAAAAUGAAUCUAUGUCCAAGUUGGCGGCUCCGACUAAUAGGCAACAUUUUCAUGAACCAAUUCAUAAAAAUUUGAAUAGUAUGAAUAAAUCAAACCCAUCAACUUCAAAUUUUGUGCAGAAAAUUAAGGAAGAACCUGCAGAAUACAACAUAAAUGAGAAGCAAUUUUUUGACACUGAUCACACUUAUGAAUCACCUAGUGAUAGAAUGAAUUCAUCUAUUGGAUCGUCUCGCCUAAGUAUAGACCCAACUACUGGUUUCUUGGUCAGACCCCAACAAAAUAAUGAAGUUAGUGGGCCAAGACCUAAGCAAUUUUAUGGAGGCAAGAACUUUAACAGCCCAAUGAUGCGUGCUGCAACUACAAGUGGUCUUGGAAAUUUUACUGGUACUAGUCCCAGCUAUAUAAGAAAUGCUCAGAUAAAUGAAAGAAUGCCAAGGUCAGCAGAAAUGAAUAAGCCUGAAAAUAUAUCCUUCAUGCCAAGGAUUACAUCAGUAUUCUCUUUGCAGAAUCGUCCAUCUGACCCAAAACCUGUUGCAAAAAAUACUUACCUACACAACAUGCUGCAGGACAAUAAAAGGUUAAAUGAUAAAGGUGGAAUGGUUAACUCCCAAAGCCCACAUCCUGGCAAUAAGGCCUUUGUUUUUCCAAAGCAACCAUUGUCAAGCCCAGUACAACAGAUGUCAAGCCCUAUUACAAAAUUUGACAACCGUAUACAAAAUGGUAAUACACCUUCAGCUGUAUUCUUAAAACAGGAACCAGUAUCUCCUGGAUCCAGUAUUAAAAGCUCUCAACCCUCAAGAGUAAGUGAACUUCUGAAAACGCAUUCUGAUGCAAUAGUCAGCCAGCAAUUGGCAAAAGAUAAAAUGAACUGCAUGGUAAAACCUUCAAGUGGUCCAACACCUUUACAGCUUUAUCACAAUCCACAGCUUUCCGGAAUGUCGCAAGCAAACCCUGUUUUAUAUCCUUCAGGUUCUAAUAGGUUUGUACUGCCAAUUGUACCAACUAACCAAUCUGGAUUAAAAAUUAUUUCAAGCCAGACAAAUGCUCCCAGCACAGCAGCAUUUUCUACUGGCAACAGAUUUAAUACUCCAGUCAUGGUUAACACAAAACCUGGCAUGGUAUUAACUAUUGCUAAUGGACCUUUCGGUACCAUACGAAACGUGACCAAUGGAAGCCCACAGAUGAUUGGUACAGUGAACAAUAUAGGUAAAAUGGCGCUUCCUAGAUUACAGCGCCCUCCUGUACCUCAUGGAUUUAAACCAAAUGUGAGUGCUUCCCCAAAUAGUGUGCCUGCCAAUAUUGUUUCAGGUUCCGCUGUAGGAAGUAAGCUUCCACUAAACUUAAAUGUCCUUCAGUAUUGUAUAAAUUCUGAUGGUUCAAGAACACAAGUUGGGACUUUAGAAGCUAAUAAACAACCUGAAACACUUCAGAAACAGCCAGUAUAUGCCCUUUUGCCUGAUGGAAAACAAGCAGUACUUUUAAAUUAUGUUUUACCAAAAACUGUUUCUGCAAAUACCCAGAACCCUGUUCAGUUGAAUAGAGUCCAACAGAAACUCCUACCAAAGAAGCCUGAUGAUGUGCAACAGCCUGCUUUCCUUAGGAGUAGUAGUGAAGCUAGUGCAACUCCAUCAGCAUCCAUUAAGGAGGAGGACAUCAGUUCUCUUGAUGGUUAUGGUGGUAAUGUGCCUACAGAUAAAGUCAGCGAUUCAGACACUUUGCAGAGUAAGCCAGCAGAAAAAAAGCCUUUCCUGAGGUCCACUUCCAGUGGUGCUCAAGCAGAAGAACAUUCCUCAAAUGAUGAUAAUUCGGUUUCACAAGCUUCUUCAAGUAGUUCAAGACUGGCUAAACUUAGGUGUAAGCAAGGUAACCUGAUUCCUUCAAACUCUAAAAACAAGACUUGUAAACGAAAAGCAUCAGACGCUGGCAGCUAUGAAGCGGACGUUGAAUUCAAGACAAAGAAAAGAGUGGUUGACGUCUUGGUGGAUGUGCCACGAAAGCAAAUGUUGCAUAGAAAAUGCAAAGCAAAGUCUUAUGCAAGUGAAGUCGAUAUGGAGAGUCUUCCAGAGGAUCAGACACCAACACCUUCUAAGGAAAUUGUAAGGACAUUAAGACUUUAUCCUUUCAGUCCUAAUCAAUCUAUAAAGUAUCCACGAAGAGAUCAACCAGUAGUCGUGUUAAACCAUCCAGAUGCCGAUGUUCCAGAAGUUGUUAAUCUAAUGAGAACCAUCUCAAAAUUCAACGGACAUGUUCUAAAAGUAUCUCUGUCCAAAAGAACACUUGAAGCUCUUUUAGAGUCAAAGCUGUUAAAUUCUGCUUAUGGACUAAGUAGAAGGCAUCAUCGUCGGGCAAAACCAGUGAGCCCUGUAAAAGAGAGAUUUGUUCUCAAGUUAACCUUAAAAAAAACUAGUAAGAACAAUUACAAGAUUGUAAAAAAUACACCUGCGAACAAGCUUCAAACUAGAUUCAACUGUUGGUUUUGUGGUCGGAUAUUUGACAAUCAGGAUGAAUGGGUUGGACAUGGCCAAAGACAUUUAAUGGAAGCCACAAAAGAUUGGAACACGUUGUUUUAGCUGUUUUACAUUUGACUUUAAGAUUACUCUUGCGGUUUCUUUUUUUCCCUAUAUCUCAAAGAGCAUAAAUGUGUCCUAUACUCAAUAUUUUCCAUAUAAGAACCAAGUCCAAUAUGUUGUUGAUCAAACACGUACUGCAAAUAGGCAGUCUCCUCCCCCAUUUCUGUGGAAGAAAUAUUUUCCUUUUUUUGUAAUUUUUUCCCCCCAUUUUUUAUGACAUAAAAAAUAUAUGCUCUGCGAAUUGUACAGUAAACAAUCAACAGAUUUUCAGUCCUUUUGGCAUGUGUAGUAACUGGAAAUGACGAGUGAGUGUUAAAGUACAUUAUUGGUAAAUCCAAUGUUCGUAGAUCUAACGGUGCACAACUUGUUUACAAAGCCAUGUAUAAAUGUGUGAAAUCUGCAAUUGUGGUACAUAUUCAGGUGUGUACUGUGUACAUUUUUACAGCAUUGUCUUAUAAUGUCUAAUGUACACGUUUCCUUUUUGAGAAAAUUGUAUGCCAGUACUACCUGGACGGAAAGCCUUGAAAAAGACAAAAGCAUUCAAAUUUUGUUUCACAUAUCGUGUUUUUUUUUUUUUUUUUUUUUUUUU